AGAUAAGCGAACUUUCGGCCCGUGUGCAAUUUUAAAAACUGGCCGCUUUUAUGUCCACGCUGGCGAGCAGUCGACACUCGCACCCGACGCUCAAUCUUGCACUGAAAUCCACCAACAAUACCGCGCCCGAAGUCCAGCAGAGAAUGCAUCCGGAUUGCUUGCCCCUGCUGCCGCAGCACGGCGUCCGCAGUCCGCGCCUAUGUGUCCUUAGUGGAGGAGCCACUGUAAUGACCGCCAUGGAUGAGGCCACGCGGCGUAGCAAGAGCGCCGCCAGUGUGGAGCUGUGCACGACGGUGGAGGCAGAUGAGGUAGACGAUGAGUUGGAGCAGCCCGAGGAAUCGGACAUUGUCAAUAUAGUGGAUAGCGAAGAGCUUCCAGUGAAGCGCAAUGCGAUAAUGCUGGAAACGGACGUGGCUGCGGACGCGGACGACGAUAUGGAGGAUGAUGCGAGGAGCUGUUGCAGCGAGACCAGUGUUCUGUCUGUUGGCCAGGAGCAGUCCGCAGCCCAGUCCGAGGCACGCCAGCGCCAGCAGCAGCUACUAAUGAACACAAUAUGCAGGCCGUCGGCCUUCAGCAGUGUGACUAAUGCCAGCGAUGCACGCUCGACCAUCUCCACGGAUGACGGCGGCAGUCCGGGGCUCCCCGAGCCGCCGCUGGGCAUGAUGCAUGCGCCGGUCAGCUUUCAGGAGGAGUUUCUCCGCAAGUCACAGCUAUAUGCCGAGGAGCUGAUGAAGCAGCAAAUGCAGUUGAUGGCAGCGGCGCGUCUAACGGCCGUCAUCGCCCUCACCAAGAUGUCACAAUUGCAAAUGGCCGCAGCUGCCGCAGCGGCGGCGGCGGCACCAACGGGUCAGGAUGCACUGGCUCAGCUGACGGCCACGGCACUGGGGAUUGCUGCGCCCUCGGCCAAGCCGCCAGGCCACUCGCAUAUGCCCCUGCAGCAGCUGAUUGCCCACCAUCCGUACAACAACAUCAACAACAACAACAACAAUCCGAAUGAUAAUCUUCACGACAGCGCAUUGAAGUUCAGCAUUGACAACAUUUUAAAGGCGGACUUCGGGUCGCGUCUGCAGCAACGUUUGGCCAAUGGAGUGGCGGCUGCAGCCUCCAAAGCGCCAUCAGGCAAGAAGGCUACCAAGUCACUCAACCUCGUCAACACCACGCCCAGUCUGAGCUUCUCCAGCACUCUGGCCAACAUUUGCAGCAACAGCAACGACUCCAACAGCACGGCCACGAGCAGCAGCACCACAGCCGUGGACCUGGUCAAGCCGACCUCCUCCAGCUCACCUGGCCCAGCGCGAACGGCCGAAGAUGGCAGCUCGUCGACGGCAACGAGCACAGCGACAACUACGGGCAGCUCCGGCUCCAACAACAACUCCAGCAACUCCAGUGGCACGCCCAUGGUCUGGCCAGCGUGGGUUUACUGCACCCGCUACAGUGAUCGUCCGAGCUCAGGACGCAGUCCGCGGACGCGCAAGCCCAAGAAGCCGUCAAUGACCGCUGCGGGCGGUGGGGAGAAGGCUGAGGCAGAGAGCGCUACGGCGGAGGACAAAAGACCGCGCACGGCCUUCAGUGGCACGCAAUUGGCGCGACUAAAGCACGAGUUCAAUGAGAAUCGCUAUUUGACUGAGAAGCGGCGUCAGCAGCUGAGCGGCGAGCUGGGCCUGAACGAGGCGCAGAUCAAGAUUUGGUUUCAGAACAAGCGGGCCAAGCUGAAAAAGUCGAGCGGUACCAAAAACCCCCUCGCACUCCAGCUGAUGGCCCAAGGACUGUACAACCACUCGACGGUGCCACUGACGCGCGAGGAGGAGGAGCUGCAGGAGUUGCAAGAACGUGAGCUCGAGGCAGCCACAGCCGCCUCCACAGAAUCUCAGGCAACGGCCUAGAGCGACACCCCCCUCAACCGGAAGCAAUAUUUAUUGAUAUUUAUGGCGUAGCGUGUAAGUUCUGGUUAACUCUAGUUACUAAAGUUAAAGAUAAUCAAUUAAGUUGUACCAUGUUCUAGUCCUCUGCGCACGCGCGGCCCACCUGCCUGCCCCGCUGGGGCAACU